ACAACCACCCAACAUCCACCCAACAUCCACCCAACAUCCACCCAACAUCCACCCAACAUCCACCCAACAUCCACCCAAAAUGACCGAAGCUCAGCCCCCCAACGUCGUCGAGGGCGCCACAACAGGCGACUUUGAAGACGAGCAGUCCCAGAAGCCCUCCUCCGCCGAAGACCGCAAGGCCGCCUCCGCUCUCGCCUCGCUCGACGCCGCCGCCCCCAACGACACAGGCAAGGCCGCGCAGAACGUCGACCAGGCCGCCGUCAACAAGGCCAUGGGCGGCGGCGGCGGCGGUGGUGGUGCCGGCGGCGCCUCCCGCAAGACCGCGGCUGCCGCCCCGAAGAAGAGUGUCAAGGUCGACGCCGCCGACGUUUCGUUGCUCGUCGACCAGCUCCUCCUCGCCAAGCCCAAGGCCACAGAGCUGCUCAAGGCGCACGACGGGGAUGCCGUCAAGGCCAUGAGGGCUUAUGUCGCAGCGUAGAUUCAAUACGAACCUAGCCCGCUGGAGGGUAUAGUAUUCAAUUGCCCUGGAUGUAUUCCCAGAAGGCUCGCCGAGCAUAAUAAAAUGAAGGUAUUAUCAAGCAUACCACAUCUGUUAUUGAGCAUACCCAGCGGGAGCUAAGUAUGGCGUGAGCUGCUGCAGCCCCUGUUUACAUGUAGCCGUAAAUCCAC